AAUCGGGGUUCUGGUACUGAGUACUGCUUACGCAACCUUCGUGGGCGGGGAGGGCCCGAUGGGACCCAAAAUCAAGACGGAAGCGAUUCGGCUCCGCCAUGUCUCUGCAUCUCGCCCUGACAUUACACACACUUUCUAAUGCGGCGCUUGUUGUUCGACUCGUGCGUCGCGCGCUUCGCUCCGCAGGGCAUGACGGUCGGCGGGAAAUGCUUUUGGAACACGUGUCGGUCGCGGUCGGACUUCGUCGAGAAGGGCCUGGAGCCGCAGCUGGGCACCUCACAGGGGAAAAGCGGCCUGUCGUGGCCUCCGUCCUUCAUCGCGUCUCACGACCGAAACGAAACAGCCUCGGAGAGAUGGUGCGUCCGUCUCAUGCUUUCUGCCCGGCUUGCUGGGCGCAAAAAGUCGACGAGUUUGUGGCUUUCGCCUCCUUUUGAAAGAACGAGCGAGGACAUGCCCUGUCGUGCUAGGGCUCUUGGAGUCGCAACGGCCAUGUUGAUAGAAAGGAAAGCAUACUGCAUGAGCCAGGGGCCUGGAGGCAUCAAUAUAAUCAUACGCAGCUUCUUUCGAACCGUUACUUCGCCGUGCCAGCUAUUGUAUCUGGUCGCAGGGGGCAAGAAUGGGGUCAUGGGCGGCGCAUACCACCGCAUAGACCCGGUCCAAGACGGCAGAGGCAGCACCAUGGUUGCCCGUUUCCGUUUAACUUGCAGAAACCGAGUAUCCUACGGCCCGUAGGGGAUUAAGUACAUCUUCCACAAGUCUUCGUAACCGACGGCCGAGAACGGAUCCUGAUGGCCGACGCGGACCGCUGAUGGACGACGGCGUGAGCACGUCCGUCCAAGACCGAGUGGCCCGCUAUAUCGGCCAAAGCUCCGGACACCUGUGCCAAGGGGACCGAAUCUUCGCGCUGGUUGGCGUUGAAACCCCUCACGACCAAGAAGAAGACUGUGCGCUUGCCCUUCGGCAGUGGCAGUGCUGGGCCAAAGACAUCGAACGGAAGUGCUGCUGGCGUCGUGAACACGCACCGACAUCUGUCUAGAGAAGCACCGGAAUGGAAACUGUCACACCGCACGUCAGCAAACAAUAAGGUCAAAGGUCUCGA